GUCGGGGAUCAUGGGGGAAAGUGCGUUGGAACCGGGGCCUGUGUCCGGUGUGCCAGCGGGGGGCCCCGUUCACGCCGUGACGGUGGUGACCCUGCUGGAGAAACUGGCCACCAUGCUGGAGGCACUGCGGGAGCGGCAGGGCGGCCUGGCUCGGAGGCAGGGCGGCCUGGCGGGCUCCGUGCACCGCAUCCAGAGCGGCCUGGGCGCGCUAAGCCGCAGCCACGACACCACCAGCAACAGGCUGGCGCAGCUGCUGGCCAAGGCGGAGCGCGUGGGCUCGCACUCCGACGCGGCUCAGGAGCGCGCAGUGAGCCGCGCCGCCCAGAUGCAGCGGCUGGAGGCCAACCACGGGCUGCUGGUGGCGCGCGGGAAGCUCCACGUCUUGCUCUUCAAGGAGGAGGCCGAAAUCCCAGGCAGCGCCUUCCAGAAGGAGCCAGAGCCCUUGGGCCUGGAGGACCUGUCUGAGCUGGGCCCAGAGCUGCCGGAGGCCGAAAUUGAGGAGAGCUCAGAGGAGGAGCCCGUGGAGUCCCGGGCAAGGCGGCUGCGGCGCACAGGGUUGCAGAAGGUACAGAGCCUGAGAAAGGCUCUUUCGGGCCGGAAAGGGCCUGCAGCGCCACCACCCACGCCCGUCAAGCCACCUCGCCUUGGGCCUGGGCGGAGCGCUGAAGGCCAGCCUGAAGCUCAGCCUGCCCAGGCGUCCACGCUGGAGCCAGAGCCUCCGCAGGACACCGAGGAAGAUCCCGGGAGACCUGGGGCUGCGGAAGGGGCUUUGCUCCAAACAGAGAAUGCGGCCUGAUGGCGGGUGCCUGCCCCACUGUGCCUGUCUGGUCUCAAAAUAAAUCCUCCUCUAGAAUGCGGCAUUCACGGCCAAAUAAGGAGGGAAUUCUGCGUCCACAGCCCAGCUCAGGCCUUCCCUUCCGGGCUCCUUCAGCCUAGUACCCUGUGUCCUCUAAAACAGAAGCAGCCUCUCACAUUCCUGCUUGCGCUCACCAUUAAUAAA